AUGAAUUUCUCUUCCGCACUUAUCUUUGCUUUCAUUGUCGUUGCCUUCACAAAACCUCAUCACAAAGGGAGUUCCAGCUCCAGCAGUGAUGAUGAUUUUAAGCACAAGCGUCACCAUCAUAAGCACGAGCAUCAUCAUCACACUUUCCAUCCACGUCGCUCAACUUCAACUACUACAACAACGCCGCCAGUGUAUAAACCGAGUACAGAAGUUCCUGAAGUCGCUACCACAUCAGAUCGUAUUGCUACUGAUGGUGUCGCAACUACCACUUUGGCUGGAUUCACCACUGAGCCUAUCACUUGA